AUGGAUGAUAUUAUUGUCACAGGAAGUAAUCCAUCUCAUGUCUCAAUGUUGGUUCUCCAACUUGAGAAGGAGUUUGCUAUGAAAGAUCUUGGCCCUUUACACUUCUUUCUAAAAGUUGAGGUGAAGUAUUUCGAAGGAGGAAUUCACUUGAAUCAAAGCAAGUAUGCUGCUGAGUUGCUGGCCAAGACAGAGAUGACUUUGUCCAAGGCUGUUGCCAUUCAUUUGGCUCAGAAGCAUGGUUUGAAUGAAGUUGUGGGAAGUCUUGUAGAUGCCUCCUUGUACAGAAUGAUAGUAGGGAGCCUUCAGUAUUUGACCCUCACAAGACCUGAUAUCACUCAUGCUGUGAAUUUAGCAAGCCAGUUUAUGCGAAGUCCAAACACUGAACAUCUUCAAGGGGUAAAAAGGAUUCUCAGCAAGCUAGGAGUUACAGUUCCUCCACUCACUAGCUUGAGGGGAAGUGUUGAAGGAAGCUUGAAGACUGAUGGAACAUGUCGAAGGAACAGGUCCAUUGAAUCAGGCUGA